GAAGCAUGACAAUAAUCGUGCCUCGAGCUAGCGCACGAUGCUGGGCAUCAUGUCGUAUUUUGCGCCCUUCUCGCCGGUAUUCUUCCAGCGCGGGCGAUGAUCCGAAACGUUCUGUUGAUCCUCGUCUUGGCGACAUUGGGCGACUUCUUGACGACGACUUCGCGAGACUGAGGGCUACCUACGACACACCUAAAAACCCGAUAAUUCUCGCGCACGGUCUACUCGGUUUCGAUGAGCUUCGUCUGGCCGGGAAAUUCCUGCCUGGCGUGCAGUACUGGCGCGGCAUCACCGAGGCCCUCGCAGCAAAUAAUAUUGAAGUGAUUGUCGCUGAUGUCCCAGCAUCGGCGUCUAUCGAAGAACGGGCAGAGAAGCUAGGAAGAAUUAUUGCCCGAAAAGCUCGAGGAAAGAGCGUCAACAUUGUGGCACAUAGCAUGAGCGGGCUUGACUCGCGAUAUAUGAUUAGCCGUCUAAAGCCUGCACAUGUAAAUGUCCUUUCUCUGACCACUAUCGCUACGCCGCACAGAGGAUCUGCAUUCGCGGACUAUGUCUUUGAGCAGAUUGGCCACGAACACUUACCUAGGAUCUACAAUGCAUUAGAGUCUCUUGGAAUGAAGACCGGCGCUUUCAGUCAGCUGACGCGAAAGUACAUGCAAGAGAUCUUUAACCCGAAGACGCCUGACUCGCCCCAUGUUCGAUACUUUUCAUACGGUGCGAUGGUCGUGCCUAAUAUGUGGUCUGUAUUUCGACAGUCUCAGAAAAUUAUUGAGCAAAUUGAAGGACCCAACGACGGCCUGGUCAGUGUAGCAAGCAGCAAAUGGGGCGGCCCGGAGGGUUACAAGGGAACGCUGGUCGGUGUCAGUCAUCUCGACCUCAUCAAUUGGACAAAUCGGUUGAAAUGGUUCAUAUGGGAAUUGACGGGGAACCGGCGGAAUUUUAAUGCAAUUGCCUUUUAUCUCGAUAUCGCAGACAUGCUUGCAAAAGAGGGUCUAUAAUGCAGCAAGCUGCUCUCCAAUUUUUUCAAUUGAUACAAUAGUUUUGUGUGAUUGUUUUCUUGUGGUUCAACAUGUAAGAAAGCCGACACUAACUUUAUUUUUUGCUUCCCAAGCAUCAUCAAUGGUCGGCAUAUCCCUCGCUGAAGAGACCCGGCUAAUGCCCUCUUUUGCAAUUUCUUUUGAUAGAGCUUAUACCCCUGAGAAGAGAUGGUGGCAGUGCAGUGGCACAGCAUUUUCACUAAAAUAUUCCCGCUC